AUGCCCAACCCGAACUGGACCGACGCCCAGAACGCAGAGUUCGCGGCCAUCAUGGCCUCCUUCAAAGUGACGCACCGCGGCGAGCUCGACGAAGCGGGGUACGACGCGCUCGCUAGCCACGACCGCGCGCUGCGGCUCAACAUGUCCGACGACCCGCCGUGUGUCGUGGACAUGCACACGCGCGAGUGGUGGACCAUGGCCCCCGCUUUCGUCGCCGCCGUCACUGCUGAUCGCGCGGCCGAGGAGGCCAACCCCCAGUGCGAGCCUGGCGACGGGCCGGCGCUGGAGGAUAUGGGCUUCGAGGAGUCCAAGGCGCUGUUCUUCAAGCUGCUCGGCGAGCGGCACCCCUCGCGCGGCCCGCCGCCGGUGCCGUCGGGGUCGGGGUUGGGGUCGGCGUCGUGA